AUUUCUAUGAAAUGGCACACAGGUAAUCCAUUCUUACGGGUUUGAGCUGCUGUCGUCCCCGGAUUGAGGUGUCAUGGCUGCCGCGCGCUGGUGACGGUUUGUGGUUGGACAGGAGAGCGGAAAAAAAGCGCUGGCGCUGUGCAUCCAAUAUGAAUGUGGGCAAUGCCAACCCAGGCACCCAUGCUGAGUCUGACGGGCAGAUUGGCAAUGAAGAGAAGGGAAACUGGCAUAAACGCCUACGUCUCAGGAAGACCUCCUUCUCAUCUCCUGCUCGAAAAAUCACUGUGAAAGAGGAGAGGAACGUUACGGAAGAAAACCAUGGACAGAAAGCUAUGGAGAUGCUCAAGAAACCACCUCAAAAACUGCAGCAUGACCAGACAGUGGACACCCCAAAGAGCCAGCUCACGUUCACUUGUUCUGCGUGUAAGGAUGGCAGCUUAUAUAAACCAAGUGAAUUAUUGGUGCAUUUUAAGACCGUCCAUGAAGGUAAAGGAAGCAUGCCAUUGUUUCCUUGCGACAUGUGCCGUUUCUCCACGCCAGUAUUUACUAAGCUCCUAAAGCACCGGGUAAAACAUAAGGACUGUUUGCUCACCUGCGAGAUCUGUGAUGACAACGUCCAACAAACGCUGCCCCAACUAACCAAACAUUGUCAAACUCACCAUACUCUAAAUGGUCAAUACCACUGUCACAAAUGCAACUUCUCUAUCGGAGAAAUUAAGCAGUUUGUGUGCCAUUCUUGCCCGCUCAACACGAUGCCAAUCAAAGACAUUCGUGAAGAAAGCAUUACUAAUAGUACGUUAAAAAACAGUCUGUUGGCUGACGCCUCAGGUGCGACGCAGAAAGACGAACUCCUUAAACACAUGGCCGCCGCAUGUCGCCAAAGAUGGAGCAGAAGGAACUGGUGGAGAAAGCGAGAACCUGCGUCCAAACCAGACAAUAAUCUUUCCCAAGACUUGAAGUUCCUACUACCAAAGCAAGAACCCCAAUGGGCAUCCCCAGUGUUUUCUGCACCAGGACUCCUGGACGAUCAUAGAGUCUUGUUGGAUCCAGAGAAGACCUUGGAGGAAACACAGCAGUUCCUUGAAAGGACUGUUAGCAGUGGUCAAAAGUGGCCCAAAUCUCUCAAAAGCGAGCAAAAUCAGACUACACCUUCUCCAGCACAAUCUAAGUCAAAGCGAUGUAGCACACCCCACCCAGGUCUGUGUCAUGCUGGGAAAGAUAAGCUCACAGGACUCAUGGAGAAGAACAAUAUAUCUGUUCCCCCAGAUUGCACUACAAAGGUGGUUGGGCUCAAGAUGGUGGAUGGCAAGAAGCAUUUAGUUCUCAAAGUCAUUCCCACAACCAAGCGAGAAUUUUCGACCCCAAGGGAAUCGAAUGACUCUGAAUCUCAGUCUCAAAUUGAGAAACCAAGUGAUCAAACAUUGGCCGCACAAGAUGGUUCAAAUAAUGUUUCAACCAGUAAUGACUCAGGAAACUUGACAUCUAGAAGGUUUUCUUUCCAAGCGGGGAAGCUGGGACAUGGAGUAGAUCAGCGAGACUUCCUGACUUCGAUAGUCAAGAGGAGGAAAAGCCAACAAGGAGAUGGCCACCAUGACCAGGAACAUUCUGAUUGCAAUACACCCAUGAACGACUCAGGAAAUGAGGAUUAUCUCAAUCCAGCAAGUCAUCAAUGCACCAAAGAGCUGCCAUCAUGCAGUGACAUCUCAUCUGACUUUAAUAGUGAUUCUGAGAGACUCAAAGAGACCAAGAACAUGUCUAAGGAAGAGAGACCCUUCACAGAGGCGGAUAUUCAGAGUUCCAAUGCAAAGAAAGUCAGUAAAGACUGUCAAGCAAAAGCCGUGAGUGAGUCGGAGGAAAACUGUAGCAGUGAUUUAGCCUUGUGUCUUUCGACGGAUGGUAAUUCUUUGGAAGAGUGCCGUAGUUCACAGCCUGUUACUCUGGCAUCGAAGAAUGAACCUACCACAACAUUUAGUUCUAACCUCAGUGAUCAAGGUGUAGAGAAAGUUACAUCCGAAAUUCAUCAGCCGCCAAACCCAGAUUCAUUCCUCGAGAGUUGCUCGAUCUCAGAGUUUGAUUGCAUGAGUCCAGCCGCUGGAUCUCCUCUGAAAGAUCUGACUGAGUCUUUGUGUGGUUUUCAAAGUGAAGAUGGGGACGUGUUGUUCCACAGCAGUGGUGACGAGUGCACAAACAACAUGGACCCCAGAGACUCUCUGCUCCCGGUGGGUCAGUUCGACUGUGAGAUGAGGGAACGCCAGUGCGCUUCAGACCUGUAUCAGACGGUGGAUGAGCUGCCGAUAACAACCGUCAGCCAUUUACUGGAUGGUGUGAGAGCUCAUCAGACAUUACUUUUGGAUAACAGCACUGAAGGCCUGACAUCUGAUGAGUUUCUGAAAGGUUCAACUUGCACUGAAGCUACAAACCAGCAAUCUGAGCCAGUCAACACAGACGUCACUUCCAAUACUGUUCCAUCAUCCACAGAAUCCAGCGAAUCUAACAUCAAAGAAUCAAGCGUUCCUCUCGCAUUCCAGAAUGAACCAGCAUUGAACCGGAAGCGCAUGGGAGAAAUAUCCUUAAACGACUCCUCAGGACCUGACUCUAAAUUCCAGAAGCGAUUGACAGUGUCUCUCCAUCACUGGGAACCGGAGCCUCGAGACGUUCCAAGAACUCUUCGACUGAUUCCCCAAUGUUCAACACAAUCCGUUAAAAUCCCGCUCAAUAACCAGCCCGUUAUAGUUCUCAACCAUCCUGAUAGUGAUAUUCCAGAGGUGACGAACAUCAUGAGGGUUGUUCACAAACACAGUGGUGCCGUAGAGAGGGUCGUACUGUCUCGGAAAACUAUCAACGCGCUAUCGGAGCUCAACUGUGACGACUUCCGGAAUAACACCAUGGCAGAUUGUCACGCAUCCCAUUGCAGGAGGGAAUGGCCUAACGGGACUGUUAAGGAAAAGUUUAGCUUGAAAUUGAAGUUUAAGAGGGUUUGUGGAAGGAAGUAUACCGUGGUACCGACCGCGUCUGAAAGCAUCGUACAGCAGCCUACGUUUAGAUGCUGGUUUUGUGGGCGGAUUUUUAGAAAUCAAGAGGCUUGGGUCGGUCAUGGACAGAGACAUUUAAUGGAGGCGACCAGAGGCUGGGACAAACUCUUCAGCAGAUGAGAGAAACUUCAUGGUUGGUUUAUAUUACAUCCAGGAUGGAACGCUUUUAAAGGGAUAGUUUAAACCAAAACUGUUGUUCCUCAAAACCCAGUUGACCUCAAAAUUCCACUUUGCAUUCCACAGAAACAAUUAACAGCAAGUAGUUUGGAACAAUGGGGAUGAGUAAAUGAUGACCGAAUUUCCAUCUUUGGUUAAACUGUUCCUUCAAGGAGUGCUGUGAAUGUUUUUACAGUCUCUAGAAUCAGGGUUGUGCAAAUCUCAGGGUGAGAAAAUACAGUUCCUCAUUUGGUCCAAAUUUGAGGAUAUUUGUCUUUCAAUUAAGCUUGUCAAGGAAAUGUCCUGGUCAUAUUUAACCCCAAAUUAAUACAAGAAAAUGACAGUUUAGCCUACAUUUAGGACCAUUACGAUUUGUGACAUUAUUUUAAGAACAUUUCAGCACAUUUUAACCCCCAAUUCACAUUACCGCAACACGUCCGGACGUUUUACUUUUAGUAUUCCUGUUGUUUUUAAUGAUGAGACUCAUUACCGUAACACAGUCAUUUUUUGACUCUAUUAUAGUAAAAAAAAAAAAAAAGCUGUUGUGCUUUUGGUCGUUCUAAUUAAAAUCAGCAAACAUGAAAGGCAACUUUGAUAUAGCACUUCACAAUUUAAAAACGGACCAUUUUUCACGUUGCGGCAAUGACAAAACCUUAAUGGCCAUCUUUUUCAGCGUUGCAGUAAUGAGAAUCGGGGGAUAAAAUGUGCGUAACUGUCAUGAAAAUAACAUCAGAAUGUAAAAAAAUAAAAUUUGUCCUAAAAAUUGGUUAAUUUUCGUUAUGCAAAAUAUAAUUAUUGUUAUUAUUAUUUUUUUAUUUUUUUGGGGGGGGAGUAAAAUAGGACCAGGACAUUUUCUUGACCAGUUUCGUGAGAAUCACACUGUUGCAGUCUUUAUCGUAAUAAACUUAGAAACCCAUUUCGGGUAACAAUUUAUAUUAUUAAAUAUUCAAGCAUUAUUUAUUUAGUUCCAAAAUGUGAAAAAGAAGUGCAUUAUCUAAUGCUGUGUUACUCAGACCAAAUCCACUGCUCACUAUAUUGUUAUAAAUCAGAUUUUGUGAGAUUGUUGUUUAGACCUCAGGUAAUAUUGUGAUAAUCCACUGCUGUUUUCAGAAUACUAAUUGAUGUGACUUUCUCGCUCAUAGUUUGGUUGUUCUGUCAGCCGGCUUGAUAUAACUUUCAUCAACAGAGCAGAUGACGAAGACAUGUUUUUGUCUUAAAAAUGUAUGUAGUUUUGCAUUAAUGUUAAUUUUAUUAUUAUUGGCAUUUAAAACAGGUAAACCUGUGCUUAGUUGUUUUCUUUCAGCAUUACAAAUCAACCUUGUUCCUGAAAUGUUUACAGAAUGUAAAGUAGGAAGGUGCUUUUGGCUUCAGUUUGUUGCGUUGCCUGUACAUGUAGCAAUAUUUUAAAACUACACCAAUAUGCAAGAAAAUAUGUUGACCAGCAUUGGCCGUGCAUUAUUGAUUUUGUUUUGUAUUUGUGCUAAUUGUCUUUAUUUGUAUUAGUUCAGCGUGCUGUUGGUCGUUACGUUGUUACAUGGGUUUGAUUAAGGGAUUAAUCAAAAUUCAAAUUAAUUCCCAUGCAUUUAUCUAAUUGUUAAAAUAUUCUUCAUGAUUAAAGUACUUUCUAGAAUGUUGUUAACUGGGAUGUUUUGGUUGUCAAAUGACAUUGAAGAACCAAACAAAAAUAAGGAUUUUAUUGUCAUGUAUGAAGCCAAAGGAUUUAUUUUGUAUUUAUUUUUUAAGAUCAGCGUUAUCUGGUCAGAGUAAUAAUUUGAAUAAUAGGUUUAUUUUCUCAAAGUAAUAAUGCAACCCUCAGUGACUUGAAAGGUUUGGUAAUUGCACUGUGAUUGAAGCACUUAAUUGUGAUGAUAAUCUUGUGUUUCCUUAGGAAUAUUGUGACAAACCACAUGAUAUGAAGCUGAAUCAGCUCUAUAUAAUCCAGGUCUAUGAUCCACUUGACUUGAAAACCAAAGUUCAUGUGUUUCAUGUUUGUAAAGAUCUUUAAACACUGGUAAAACACUUGUGUUGCACUAACAGCUGUGAAUGACAAUUUGUGUUGCUGAAUUGGAGAAGUGCCUCCAAUCAACCGCAAUACUAUCCAUAUAUACCCCAUUAUAGCUGUCAAUCAAUAAAUAUAAUUAUUUUGA